CCUCCCCAUUCCCCCACCUUCAUCGUUCUACAGUACAGAGGAAGAAAGGGGGAGACGGGGCAAAAAGCUGUAUAAGAACGCUUUCACACAAAUAUGAGCGGCAGCGGGCGGCCCAGGACCAGCUCAUUCGCCGAGCCUCCCGGAGCUCCCGGAGCCGCUGCAGCCGGCGCCGGAUCAGCAAUAGCCGGCGGAAGCGCGACAGGAAAAUCGGGGGCUUCUCAAGCCAGCGGAGGCAGCUCGACGAGCUUUGGGAACGUAAAACUACCACGCGACAGUGGCAAAGUGACUACCGUGGUGGCCACACCGGGCCAAGGCCCCGACCGCCCGCAGGAAGUGUCCUACACGGACAUCAAGGUCAUAGGAAAUGGCUCCUUUGGUGUGGUCUACCAGGCGCGGCUCAUCGACAGCCAAGAGAUGGUGGCCAUCAAGAAAGUGCUCCAAGACAAACGGUUUAAGAAUAGAGAGCUGCAAAUUAUGCGCAAGUUGGAUCACUGCAACAUUGUGAGGCUACGUUACUUCUUCUACUCCAGUGGUGAAAAGAAAGAUGAAGUCUACCUGAAUCUGGUGCUUGACUUCGUCCCUGAGACGGUGUACAGGGUGGCUCGGCACUUCAAUAAGGCCAAAACAACCAUCCCCAUCAUUUAUGUAAAGGUGUACAUGUACCAGCUAUUCAGGAGCCUGGCUUAUAUCCAUUCCCAGGGUGUGUGUCAUAGAGAUAUCAAGCCCCAAAACCUCUUGGUGGACCCAGAGACAGCCAUCCUCAAGCUCUGUGACUUCGGCAGCGCGAAGCAGUUAGUCCGGGGCGAGCCCAACGUGUCGUAUAUCUGCUCGCGGUACUACCGCGCCCCAGAACUCAUCUUCGGCGCCACCGACUACACGUCCAACAUCGACAUCUGGUCGGCAGGCUGCGUGCUGGCCGAGCUCCUACUGGGCCAGCCCAUUUUCCCGGGGGACAGCGGUGUGGACCAGUUAGUCGAGAUAAUCAAGGUUCUUGGAACUCCGACAAGGGAACAGAUCAGAGAGAUGAACCCCAACUACACAGAGUUCAAAUUCCCACAGAUUAAAGCUCACCCUUGGACAAAGGUGUUUAAGCCCCGCACGCCGGCGGAGGCCAUCGCUCUCUGCUCUCGACUGCUGGAAUACACGCCAGUCACCCGUCUGUCUCCGCUAGAGGCCUGCGCACAUGCCUUCUUCGAUGAGCUACGCCAGCCCAACACCCGCCUGCCUAGCGGGCGGGAACUGCCUCUCCUCUUCAACUUCAGUCCCGUCGAGCUGUCUAUCCAGCCCCAGUUGAAUUCAACACUCAUUCCUCCUCACGCUCGUGCACAGACAACACCUGCCUCACAUGAUGGCAGUGUGUCAGACAGUACCGCCCAGCCCGGCUCGGCGCCAGGCUCCAUCAACAACAGUACCUGAGCAGCCAACGCCAUUAUACACACCCCUACCAACACCACCCUGCCAUGCUUUUAUUGUUUUUAUCUUCCCAUUCUGCUCUUCUUCCUCUCAACACUUAGAAAGACUAUAUACACGUGCACACACGUCAUGCAUUGCUGUUUCCCCCAUGAUAGGCUUCAUAUAUAUAUAUAAGCUGACUUUAUAAGUCCAGGUAAUGUGGGAUGUUUGGGGUUGUACAUGCAUUCUCUGUUUUAUGGACAUUUUAUCCCCUUUUUUUAUGUUUGUUUUUAUGUAGCUCAUUUUAUGUGCAGCAGCCAUUUUGCUUUUGGAGAAUGACAAUCACACACACCGCUCCUAAAAAAAAAUGGUACAAAAACCCUCUCUGCUCCUCCAGAGUGUCACUUUGUACCCUAAAAAACCCAACUCCAUUUAGUUUUUUUAAACGGGUAGAGCAUCAGCUAAUUGUCGUUUUUAGAUGAGAGGUGAUUUUAAAAGUUUUGUGACAAAUGAAGCACACUGCAGCAGCCUUUCUUUUUCCUCCUUUAACUUGCCUUUUUAAUGUGCGAGUGGGGAGUUUCUGUACAAAUAUUUGGCGUAUGAAAUCUGUCUUGAUUGGUCAUGUAAGCUGGAUAGUGUUUCAGGAGGCUAAAUGGAUGGGUCCAAAAACAUCACCAUCAUCAUCAUCUUGGCCAAGAGCUACUUCCUCCGAAGGAGCCCUCAACUUCCUGUCGCAGAUCUUGAACUUUCAUCCUCCCCCCCUCGUUCCUCCUCCACCACAACACAGCUAAUCUGUAAAUAUCAACUAGCUUUUAUUUUUUUUAAAAUCAUUAUUCUAUUCUUGUUCUUGUAAUUAUUUUUUUCUUCCUCCAGUAGAUGGCGCGUCCUAGCGACAAGACUGUUUUAUUCUGUGUCGCAGUCUGUAAAUACUGUAUUACUUUUUUUUUUUUCUCCCGAUCCCUGGUACCGGAGGGCGCAAAAAAAAAAAAAAAAAAACUAAAAAGUAUCACUUCUUAUUCUCUCUCCUUCCAUUUCUCCCGUCUUGACUUCCCUCCCGCCCGUAGUUGUCUUAACUGUCUUAUUUAUUGUAUUGUUUUUUUUUGUAUAUUAUUUUUAAAAAUGUGUAGUAGUAGUAGUAGUAGGGCAGAAAACUGUCACAUCCAAGAUACUGUACAUCGACUCGGACCUCGAGCCGUUUGGUGGAACGCUUGUUGUUUCCAUUGAGAUUCAAUGUGAACAGAAUGUUACAAGGAUUUGUUGCUCGUUUGUGUGUGUGAGAGUGAGUGUGUGUAGUAAAAGGGGGUGAAAACAGAAUCUUCCAUUGACCGUCUCCUGUGUCCGACUGUCUCCUGAUUCCACUCCACUGUUGUACGCCGUGCUCUUUUAAUGUAAGUUUUUUUUCUUUUCGUUUUUUAAAAAUUCGUUCGGACCCCCCAUGCUCUUUACCGCCCUCGUCGUUUGUGGAGAGACCAGCGAAAUGUUCGGAUAGAGGAGAUGAAGGAGGGAUGGAUGGAGAGAGAGAGACCGUAUUUUGUUUGUCGCUAAAAUAAUUAAACUCAUUAAAGUGAUGAAAAGGU